UUAACUCACAAUAGCUUACUUGCCAUGUGAAACAGAAAAGGCCACUUCUCUCUCUCUAUCUCUCUCCCUCUCUCUAUCUUCAUUUCCUGUGCAGAUCUUGGGCUAAGCCAUAGCUUUAACCAUCGCCAUCAGCAACAACAUUUGCACCAAAACAUGGAGUCUCUCUCCUUCUCAGCCUCUGGAUCCAUUACAAAGCUCAGUAGCUUUGCUUUACUGCUUGUGGUGUUGUUUUUUUGCUCCAGUUUUACUUCAACAGAAGCUUAUGAUGCACUUGAUCCAACUGGAAAUAUCACAAUCAAAUGGGAUGUAAUAAGCUGGACACCAGAUGGCUAUGUUGCUACUGUUACAAUGUAUAACUUCCAGCAAUAUCGCCAUAUUCAAACACCAGGGUGGACAUUGGGGUGGACAUGGGCAAAGAAGGAAGUAAUAUGGAGCAUGAUGGGGGGCCAAACAACAGAGCAAGGGGAUUGUUCAAAAUAUAAAGGGAAUGUUCCACAUUGCUGUAAGAAGGAUCCAACGGUUGUGGAUUUAUUGCCGGGAACUCCAUACAACCAGCAGAUUGCUAAUUGCUGCAAAGGGGGAGUAUUAAGCUCAUGGGUCCAGGACCCAGCCAAUGCAGCAAGCUCAUUCCAGGUGAGUGUGGGUGCUGCAGGAACAACUAACAAAACUGUCAAACUACCUAAAAACUUCACCCUGAGAGCACCAGGGCCUGGAUAUACCUGUGGACCGGCAAAGAUUGUGAGACCAAGUAAAUAUUUGACAGCAGAUAAAAGGAGGGUCACUCAAGCUUUGAUGACCUGGAAUAUUACUUGCACAUAUUCACAAUUCCUGGCUCAAAAGACACCCACUUGUUGUGUUUCUCUCUCGUCCUUCUAUAAUGACACAAUAGUAAAUUGCCCAACCUGCACCUGUGGCUGUCAAAACAAUAUAACAGAACCAGGGAGUUGUGUGAAUCCUGACUCUCCAUAUUUAGCUUCAGCUGUAGCAGGUCCGGGAAAAUCUAGUAAUGCACCUCUGGUCCAGUGCACCAGCCAUAUGUGUCCUAUCCGAGUCCAUUGGCAUGUCAAACUCAAUUACAAGGAGUACUGGAGGGUGAAGAUCACAAUCACGAAUUUCAAUUACAGAAUGAACUAUACGCUAUGGAAUCUUGUUGUACAACAUCCCAACUUUGAUAAUGUAACCCAGCUUUUCAGCUUUAAUUACAAGUCCUUGACUCCUUAUGCUGGCCUGAAUGACACUGCAAUGUUAUGGGGAGUCAAGUUUUACAAUGAUUUGCUCACGCAAGCUGGACCAUAUGGGAAUGUGCAGUCAGAGCUCCUAUUCCGCAAGGACCAGUCAACUUUUACUUUUGAAAAGGGAUGGGCUUUCCCACGAAGGAUUUAUUUUAAUGGUGAUAACUGUGUCAUGCCACCUCCAGAUGCCUACCCAUGGUUGCCAAAUGCUGGUUCCCGGCCAAUUUCUUCUCUACUUCAUUCAGCAUUUACCAUCCUGUCAUCUUUGAUAUUCUUAUUGGCUUUUGCAUAGUGAGUUAUGCCCGGGGAAAUUUACAAAUGCCGUCUGUUGAUCUAGAACAUGCUAGAAUUUUCCAUAUAGUUUGGACUGCAACAAAGCUUAUGGCAGUCCAGCUGAUGGGGUUGAAUGUGUUGGUACUACAAGUUCUAGCAAUAUGGGGUUCAAGUGCACUAUGGCUUCUCACUGCAAAAGUCUGCUCUGUCAUCUGUUUUAUUUAUUUAUUGGGGAUUAGACUUUACUAGCAUUUUUGUUUAGAUUAGCUGGUGCUUUAUUUAUAUCAUACACUUGAUGUCUUGUUGUAGAAUAUCCACAAAAAUAUGUGCUGAGCAUUGUAAUAAGAUAUUUGGAGAAGAAAUCACACUUGAUGUAUUCAUAUC